GCUUCACGACUUGGCGCCAAGAAUAAUAGCAUCACUGCACUGACCAUGCUUUGCUGGGUGUAUAAAGCCGCGCAAGAAUCAAACUAAUUAAGCUCGCGCGCUGCACUCCAUGGUUGAUAGGAUGCCACCCCUCGCAGCAGCGGCAUCCUCGUCGCGGUGCGCCCCCUUCGCCUGCCGCCGCGGCAGCGCCGAGCAGCGCUCCAGGGGCCUGGAUCACGCGUCAGCACCGGUGCCUGCCGCCGGGCAGGGGUGUGGGCGGCCGCUGGGCCGCGCGGCGGGGGUCGUGGGCGGCGGCAUCGCGGCGGCCUUCUUCGCGUCCCUGGAGCGGUGCGCCUGCGUGGAGGUCCGCACGACCGACGACCUGUCCGACUGCAGCAACUGCGCGAUGGAGGCCGCGCCGCUCAUGGGCGACGGCGGCAGUUCCGGCCGUUCUUCCACUCAUUCUUCCACAGCGAGGAAGAAGAGCAAGAGGAAGGCCGGCGCGGGGAAGGGCCGGAGGGGCGGCCAUGGCGGCUUUGGGUGCUGCGAGAGCAUCAAUUAGCUAAUUCUUAGUUGGUGUUCUCUAAUGAAAUUCUCCCUCAUAUAUGCGUGCAUGCGUGUGUGUGCAGACUGUAUGGCAUCAGUAAGAUUGUAUGAACUGGUCGAGAGACUGAGACCAUGCACAGGGUUUUGUAUACGAUCAAUCUUUGAUGUUCACUCUUUUGCGGAACACAUCCAGAUCUAUCACAAAAGUUUAUUAGAAAUACAAAGCACCUCAAACAUAA